AUGUUUGCUCCUCGCAAGAACCUCGCACGAAGCAACUCAUCAUCGUCGAUAUCGUCCGACUCUUCGAAUACUUCUGUCGCCACAAACGGCUCCCAAGCAAACGGUACCCCUUUGUCGAGCACAUCCGAGGUCAGCCAAUGGUCAGCCAAUGGUCCGCAACGAAAACGUCCACAACCUAAGAACCCGUGGCCCACGGGCAAGGGCGACAUGCCAACCGAGUUUUCCAGAGUAGCAAACGGCCGACCGAACGGCAUGCUCCCCCAUAGCGUCAUGCAACAACAAGCCGGACAAACUCAAAUGACACAGCAGGGUAUGAUGCGGCCCGGCCCAUCGGAGCAACCGCAAGGGGGCCAGCCCGUUCUGUACCUUCUUUCUCUCAAUGGCACAUUUGAGCGAAAGACGAUUGCUGUGCCUUUUGCCCCCGAGACUUUACGGAUAGGCCGCCAAACGAACCAGAAAACAGUACCGACUCCCACAAACGGAUUUUUUGACAGCAAAGUCCUGUCAAGACAGCACGCUGAAAUUUACGCCGAGCGUAAUGGCAAGAUCUUUAUUCGCGAUGUGAAGUCCUCCAACGGCACAUUUGUCAAUGGCACACGCCUGUCCCAAGAAAACCGGGAGUCUGAACCUCACGAGUUGCAGACUGCCGACCACCUCGAACUUGGAAUUGACAUUGUUAGUGAGGACCAAAAGACGGUUGUUCACCAUAAAGUCGCAGCGAAAGUCGAGCACUCUGGGUUCUUGGCAGCUUCGAACAAUGUUCUGGAUAUGAGCUUUGGCGAUCUAGAUCCCGCUAAUGGCUCGAUGAUGAUGCCACCAGGGCAGAUGCAACUGCGCGGCCGACAAGCUAACAACAAUACCGGCAUGGGCCCCAAUGGGCGUAUGAUACAGAAUGGAGCUGCGCCGAACCCACAGCCUAAUGGCAUGAUGCAACAGCGAUCCUUUUUUGUCCCGCCCAUUGCAACGGACCAAAUCAUGAAACGCCUAGCUACGGAAAUGCGAAACGCAAAGGUACAAGCGCAGGAUUUGAGCCGAACAAAUCAGUUUGUUACAACCCUGCUGUCGAAAGAAGAUAUCAAGGAUCUGGAGAAGUCUGAAGCUCAAGAGGCCCCCAAACCUUUCCCUAUCGUCAACGGCAACGGCAUUGCGUCACGGACCGAUGCAAAGACUCGAUUCUCUGAUCCUCCUGCGCCGCCACCGCAGCAACCGCUGCCAGAGAAGCCGGAUGUGCCCGGACUGAAACGAGCCGCCGGAGAACGACCAAAAUCUGGCCCUACAAUGUCUUCUCCAAUUCGACAAGACAAUGUCAGCCAGAUUAUUCAACUGACAGAAGCACUCAACAAUGCCAAGCGAGAUAUCGACACGCAGACGGCAAGGAUGCGUGAGCUUGAAGCUAUGCUAGAGAGAGAGAGAGAAGCGAGAGCUUUGGCUGAAGAUCUCGCGAUGCGCUUGGAAGAAUCGGCCAAGAGCCAAAUGAAUGGUUCUGCCGUUUUGCCUGUGGAGGAAGCUGAAGAGGCAGUGGCAGAAACUACCCUAAUGGGCGACAGCACGAAAGACAUUGCCGAGCUGCUAGCUGAUGAGACGGAACGCCUGGUUAACGGGGUAAAUGAAGAGGAUACCGCUCUCCAAACUCGCCUCAGCACUAUGGAAGCGCAAGUCAACGAGCUUCGGGAUCAGAUGGAGCAGUGGAAAGCACGCUGCGAAGCUGCAGAGACUGAGCGUGAUACCGGCCGACAAUCACUGGCUGAAAUGGUCACUAAGCUCCGAGAAGAAGAAGCCCUCAGAGUAGCGGCUGAAGCAAAGGCCCUCUCCAGCUCUCCGAAAUCACCUCAAAGCGAGACUCGUGCCACAUCUGGACAAGAUGAAACUGGCACUGGUAGCUCUGCCACAAGCAAAGUGGCUAAGAAUGAAAGCACACAGGCUACUGAGUCGGAGCCACUGGAAGAAAGCCCGACAUUAUCGAGAGCCAACACCAUCACCCCUCUCAACGCACACAGACGGGGUUCGUUACAAGAUGAUAGGCUUUACAGCGGGCUUCCAUAUGCGUCGAUGCUGGGUGUUGUCCUGAUUGGUAUGGGAAUGAUGGCAGUGAUCAAUGGAUGGCAAUCAUCUCCACCGCGAAUCGAAAGAUAG